AUGGCAAACCUUAGCAAACUUGAGUUUAUGGCUCUUGACAUUAGUGGAAAAAAUUAUUUAUCAUGGAUCCUUGAUGCUGAAAUCCACCUUGAUGCUAUGGGGCUUGGAAACACCAUAAAGGAUGUAAAUCCUUUAAAUGAAGCAUCAAGCCAAGAAAAGGCUAAGGCGAUGAUUUUCCUUCGCCACCAUCUCGAUGAAGGAUUAAAAGCUGAAUACCUCACUGUCAAAGAUCCAGUUGAUCUUUGGAAUAAUCUCAAAGAGUGGUAUGAUCAUCAAAAAACGGUGAUACUUCCUAGAGCUCGUUUUGAUUGGUUACACCUUCGGCUACAAGAUUUUAAAUCUGUGAGUGAGUAUAAUUCAGUCAUGUUCAAAAUCAAUUCCCAACUAAAACUAUGUGGUGAGACUAUAACUGAUGAAGACAUGCUAGAGAAAACAUUCUCUACUUUUCAUGCCACUAACAUGCUCCUGCAGCAGCAAUAUCGUGAGAAAGGUUUUAAAAAAUAUUGUGAAUUAAUCUCAUGUCUUCUUGUGGCUGAACAAAAUAAUGAGCUCUUAAUGAAAAAUCACCAAUCACGUCCGACCGGUUCUAGUCCAUUCCCUGAAGUGAAUGCGACAUCAUCUAACUAUAACGACCGUGGGUCUAACCGUGGCCGUGGUCGUGGUCGUGGUCGAGGUCGUGGACGUGGUGGAGGCCAUCAUAAUAAUCAUCCCAAUAAUAAUAAUAAUAUAAGUAACCACCAGAAGUGGGAAAGUAACAAAAACCCACAUCCUAAUGAAAAAAGUGGUCAAGGCAAAAAGAAAGUUGAAAAUGUUUGUCACCGAUGUGGAAUGACCGAUCAUUGGUCGCAUACAUGUCGCACUCCAAAGCAUUUUGUUGAUCUUUAUCAAGCUUCUCUAAAAUAUAAAGAAGGAAAAAAUGCAGAAACAAAUUUUGUUCAAAAUUAUUUUUCCGAAGAUCAACUAGAAAUGGGACAUUUGGAUGUCGUCGAUUAUCUUGCCUACACGGAAGGGAAAACGGUGCUAUGGAUGGUGAUGGAAGUACCCAAUUUUUCCCAUAAAAGGAGAUGGAUAUGCAAUAUCAUGAAAUUGUUGGUUUUCUAG